GAUUCUGAUCAUGUGUGUGGUUUGGGAUUGAACGACCGAGAGAUACCGCAAACCCGAAGGAAUGAUCGAGCUCGGUCUCGCCCGCAUCUCGCGUCUGCUCCAGCAGAGCCCUCUGACGUGGAAAGCGAUCCAUGUGGCCGGUACCAAUGGCAAAGGCUCGAUAACCGCGUAUCUUUCUCACUUGCUGUCUGCGGGCGGAGUCCGAUGUGGCCGCUUCACCUCCCCCCAUUUGAUCGACCGGUGGGAUUGUAUCACAAUCGAUGAGAAAGUCGUGCAGGAAUCGCUCUUCCGUCAAAUCGAAGACAGGGUCAAGCUGAGGGAUAAGACGCUGGGAAUAGGGGCAAGUGAGUUCGAGUUGCUCACUGCCACCGCCUUUGAGAUCUUCAACCACGAGCGGGUCGAGGUCGGCGUGAUCGAAGUUGGGCUCGGCGGCCGUCUCGACGCGACCAAUAUUCUCAGCGAUGUCUUAGUCUCGGUGAUUGCAAAGAUAGGCUUGGAUCAUCAGGCGCUACUGGGCAAUACGAUUCAAGAGAUUGCCCGGGAAAAGGCCGGCAUCCUCAAAGCCGGCGUUCCUUGUGUGGUGGACGGCACCAAUUCUCCCGAUGUACUGCAGACCAUGACCACUCGGAUCAAGGAACUCGGCGGCCUACAGUCUGUCUUCGUCACCCCUGAGGACCAGGAGAAGCAAUCGCCCCUUCUGUCCCGAAUAUUUCGUGACCUUGACCUGGAACCUCACCAGCAAGCGAACAUGAGCUGUGCCGUGGCAGCUCUGCAAGUGGCAGUGCCCCAGGUGCGCCCAGACUUGAAGGUCCAACCUUUGCUAUCACAUCUCCCAGAAGUUCAGUGGCCUGGCCGCCUGCAAAGCAUUCAACUCAACUCUCUGGCGGCGCGUAGCGAACCAGUUCUGCUGGACGGAGCCCAUAACGCGCAGUCGGCCGAAGUGCUCAGAAACUACGUGGACCGCAAACUUCGCUCGCCGCAGCGGAGUAUCACCUGGGUGAUUUCUGCUUCCGUUGGAAAGGAUAUACAUGGGUUGUUCGGGCCGCUCCUCCAGCCGGGCGACAAUGUUGCCACAACUGCGUUCGGACCCGUCGAUGGGAUGCCCUGGGUUCGCGCUACCGAUCCUGCGGAACUCGCAGACUCCGUCUUGUCGUUGCCUGGAAUCGGAAAGGUUCACAGUUUCGAUACAGACGUCCUCGCCGCAGUCGAUUGGGCUUGCCGUCUUGCUGACGGCGGUCCUCUAGUCAUUGCCGGCAGUCUCUACUUAGUUUCGGAUGUUCUGAGGCUUCUUCGACAAGCGACGACGAAGUAGGACCGCACACCACUCAGAACCGGUGGAAUAGAGGGGUAGUAAUGGCAAUAAACCCCCCCCUGGCGGAUACAACCGAUCAUCCUUACACGCAAUCAGUAAAUAUCCCGUCUCAGAAAUACAGAAAUGGUUCCCCAA